UCUGGGGCGGUGCCCGGGAGGCAGCGGGGUCGGGUCGUUUUGUCCCAUCCCGUCCUGUCCCAUCCCGAUGUCGUUCCUGUUCAGGAGAGGCCGCCCCGGCCCCUUCAAACAUAUAGCUCAUGGCCUGGUCCCUGCUGCCACCAUAGCUCCUAAACCUGCAGUUCCCCGCACCCCUCCCCCUCGUAGUCCAAACCCUUCUCCAGAAAGGCCCAGGUCUGCUCUGGCAGCAGCAAUCCUUGCCACAGCACUCACAGGGCGCACUGUUGCUAUUCCUCAGCCUCGGCAGAGAUCCCUUUCUGAGAGUGAUUCCACCUCUUUGGAACAGGAAGGGUUUGAACCAUAUGCAACAGUGACCCAGCUCAGAAUAGGGUCCACCUGGAAACCUGAUGGUUGUGACAAAUCUCCUGUACAGUCCCUGGAAACAUCAGGCCACUAUGGUGAAGAUGAGGACAUGGAUACCUAUGUCUCAGAUGCUGAUAAAGAGGCAGAGUCCAGCUGUCAGAGUAAUGAGAAGAGGGAAGAAAGCUUUAGCACAAAUGCUGUUUAUGCUGUUCCCUGCAGAAAUAAAAAGGAAGAGUUUCUACCAUCUCUCACCUCUAACACUGACAAGAAAGAGGUUCCUUCCCAGGAAGCUGAGUCUCAGGUGGUGGUGGAUAAAUCAACUUUGCAAAUAGAAGCAGAAGACCAACAUCUUGGCUUGAACUUAAAGGAGGAAAAACCAUUAGCUGAAAAUCUGAUAAGUGAAAAACCUCCACCAUCCCCAGAUGUGUCUGUUCGGACAAGGCAAGCAUGGGAAAAUAUGACUAAAGAAAAGUUCAGAGAACUAAAACAAGAGAACUGGUCUCUGAGCAAGGCAUACCAGGCUGUGGUGCAGCAGCUGGAGGGAACAAAACAGCAAAUGGAAGAACAGCAGUUAAAGCUGAAGAAACUAGAACAAGAAAACAGAAGGCUUAAAGAAGCUGCAGAGGACUCACAUAGAGAAGAGGAGGCAACAGAAUUACUUUCUCUCAGACAACAAGCACAAGAACUGGUAGAUGAAAAUGAUGCUUUGAAAAUGGUGGUCCAUCGUUUAAAUGUAGAAUUAAGUCGCUAUCAAACUAAAUUCAGGUCAUUGUCCCAAGAAGAGCAUGUAAAGCUGAAAAGCUUACCCAUGAAAGGACCACCACCACCAUGGCUGUUGGAUAUGAAGUAUUUGUCACCUCUUCUGUUGGCUUAUGAAGACAGAAUAAGAGAAAAGGAAGAUUUUAUUCUUGAACAUGAGGAGGAUAUGAAGAAUUUUAAAGCACGAGUUGAAGAGUUGGUGAAGGAGAAUGAAGACCUGCAUGAGCGAUUAAAUAAAAAUAACUUCAUUACCUCUACAGAAUGGCAGCAGCUACAAACUCAGGCCAAGCUGGUCUUGGAAGAAAAUGGAUUGUUGAUGGAGCAGCUCAAAAUCCAACAAGCUAAAGCAAAAGACAGUCACAGGCAGCAUGUGCAAGAAGCUUCAAAGUUGACCAAGCAGAUAGUAAUCUUAGAAGGGAAGAAACAAAGCCAAGAAGAAGAGAUAGCAGAGUACCAGAAGCAAUUAGAAGCUUUAUGUUCUACUUGUGAAGAGCUGAAAGCCAGAGUGAAGAGCAGAAUAGCAGCAGAGGAGCACUUGGCUUUGGUGAAUGAUUUAAACAGACGGUUGCAGGAGGAGCAGGAGAAGAAGCGCUGUGAGGUGGAAGAUGUGAUGGGAAGGGUCACAUCACUGAGAGCUGAGAACCAGAAACUGCUCCAGGAGAAAAACAGCUGCCUGGCUGACAACAAGGCCCUGCAAAGUGAAAUGGAAGUGACACAGAAGACAAACAGGCGACUAAAGAAGAAAAUACGUGUUUUACAACUGCAGCUGGAGGAAGUGAUGGAAAAAGAAGUUGUAGCCCAUUAUUACCUGACAAACCUUACUGGUCUGGUGGAGAAGAUGGCUCAGGAACGUGAUCACCUUGUAUCUUUGGCCAGAUGUUUGGAAAAUGAGAAGCAGGGUGUUCUCAAUAAAAUGAUAGAAGGCAGUCUACGCUUAGGGAGACUGGAAGAGAAAGUUAAGGUGUAUAAAAAGAAAGCGGCUGGGAAGCUUGGAGAUAUCAAUCUGAAGAUGACUGAGCAGGAGAAGGAAUUUGCUGGGAAGACUGCUUGGUAUGAGCAGGAAAUGAAGCACCUCCAGCGUCUGCUGCAAGACAAGCAGGAAACCCUGGAUGAAGUGCUGGAGCAGAAGAGGAAGACAGAAGGGGAACUUGAAAUCAUUUGGGAAGCCACAACCAAAGAAAACAGGAGAAUGAGAGAACUCCUACAUAAAUCCCUGAGGAAGAACACCACGUGGAAUGCUGGCACAGCUCAUGAGCCACACUUUGAUGAAAGCUCUCAGAAGGACCUAGUUUACAGAGAUGAUUUUAGCUAUUGUGAUGUGAAGACUUCAUCCCCUACUAAGAAUGAAUUUCAAGAGGAGUCUCAGUGAUAAGGAUCUGCAUCUCAUCCAAAAAAGAGAACUCAGUGCCUGAAUUUGACUUUCUCAGCGACACAAGAUAUGAUGGAACAUUUCCCCCCUUCAAAAUGACUGGAUUUUUAAGGUCAUACCAACGACAACAGCAUAUUCUCCAGCUGUGCCAUCAACAGGGUAAAUCUAGCCUGAAAUAUUACUUUAAUACAUGAAGAAAAGGCUAUUCCUUGUUAAGACAAAAUGUGAUGCAGCUUUAAGUUAACAUGAAAAGACAAGUAACCAGUUAACAGGAUAAAAUUUGACUGUGGAGCAGCCAGGACUGAAGCAUCCUCCUGAUAACUGGUGGUGCCUGAAUGCACAACUGUCCACUCCACAGGUUUACAGGAGCCCAGGUGUUGGGAAGCUCCUGCUGGACUUUUGCCAAGGGGAUGAGUUGCCAGCACAGGGUGCAGUUCUCCAGAUUGUCUUGUUCAUUCUACUUCAAAAGCCACCUUUUUUCCAGAGCAUUCUCUGCAGCAGUGACAGCCUUUAGAUUAUUGAUGCCUAUUUGUCUGAGCUUUCAUAAAUGCUGAUUUUUCACAAUUUUGCACAUCAGCUUUGUAGUACUAUCUAUUAGUAUGAAAUAACUUUAUUUUGGAUUUACUUAUAACUUGCUGGAUCAGCUUUUUGCUUUUGCUUCAUUUUCAUGACAAAACCUAAAUGGUACCAGGAAACUGUAGCAGUACAAAAAACCUAUAACUCUCAUAGUUGUGUAAUAUUAAAAAUAAUGAAGAAUUUCAUUGGCUUUGACCAAAGUUAAGGAAAAGAGCAGAAAACCAAGUUAAAUGCCAAAAGGAAUACAUACUGUUUGUGUCCAGAAAGGUUCCUGUGGUAUUUUCCUUCAGGAUAAGGCCAUGACUCAGCAGAAUAGCAUUAUUCAGGUCAGGGUGGAGAGAGCACCUUCUCUCAUAUCUAUCUCUCAUAUCUAUCUCUCAUAUCUAUCUCUCAUAUCUAUCUCUCAUAUCUAUCUCUCAAUCUCUCAUAUCUAUCUCUCAUAUCUAUCUCUCAUAUCUAUCCCACCUUGAUGGGAUGGGUGGAUGUAGGGCUUUUAAAGCCCUGUUUCUUUGACAGGAAUAAAACAAGUGCAACAACCUUACUGGCUCAUCAAGAGAGAACUUCAGCACCCAAGGUCACUCAGGCACUAUCAGAACCACAAUCUCACAGCACCACUAUCUCAAGGUCUCCAUGCAGAGACUUAACAAGAACUCCAUCUUCAAAUCCUUUCAUUCCCCUGGCUUUUUCAACUUGACUGUUUUAGGACUCUGUGCCUCCAAAGAGCACCCAGAAACUAUUUUUAAACAUGGCCUUAAAUCCCUUUGUUAAUAUGUGAAGUUGUCAGGGGAAUGGUCUGUUGCUAAACUAGUUCUGUCUCCUGUCUUCCUUGAAUUUUUUAAAAAGUGAUUUGAAAUGUCAGGUGUGAAAUACCUCUUCAGACAAGUCAGACACAGGCAACACAAACAGGGCCAAUACACUCCCCUGCUUUCCACACAAGCUCCAAUCUGCAGGUGUCCUUACAGGGACCCUGAAAGAGCAUCCAGCAUGGCUGUACCCACAGUUUGUCAUGUUUUUGAAGGCAGAUUUUGAAAAUGAAGCCUCUCAUACCAUGUUUUUUAAUAUAAGCAUCUCUGAGUAUGAAAAUACAAAUUCCGAACUGCACAUAUAGAUUAUUUACAUAUUCUCAUGGUUUUAAUUGCCCUUUUGAAUAUGUCUCAAGAGCUUGUAAAAAUAAGCAGCUUCAUGAGGAAAAACUAUCAUACUGGUAAUUCCUCAGAACUAGAAGCAAGACUUUCAAAACCCAUUCAAGUGUGAACAUGUUGGAAUUUUGCUUGGUUGCUAAACAGGUAUUGAAGAGAACUCUACCUUAAACCCCCAGAACAUAAGGAGAUUUUUAAAUCAUAGCUUUGCCUUGUUUCAUAGAUACUACACUAAAUUUAGAUGCUACACUAAAGAAAUUAUGUGACUGUUUUAUUCUACUACAAAAACUCUACCCAUGCCAGAUUAUCAUUUUCUGUUACCCAACAUCAGCAACUUGCUGUUUUCCCUUGACUACCCAUGACAGAGCAUCCUGAUUCCCAUAUGUUCCACCUGCCUUCCAAUUACAGCAUCUUCCAGUCUUUAUACUGAGCCCAUGAAAUAGUUCCUGCUUCUUUUCACAAGGCAACAUAAAAACAUGCAGCGUUCUUCCAUUCCUACCAAGAAACUGAGAAAACAGUUCAGGAUUUCUGGAUGUCACGUUGAGGUUUCGUUGCUGAAUGGACAGAGCAUGUUCUGUCCAUGAUAACUGACCAUAAUUUUCCCUAGAAAAACAUUUGGAUUAAAUGAUUAAAUAAUGUGAUUAUAUAUUCAAAAAAUAAGCAUUGCUACCACCUUUCCAAAAGCAAAACCACAGGAGAGUCUGCAGUAAAGCUCAGUACUUCAGUGCAUUUGCCAACUACUGCUAAAAUAUAUCAGCAUUACUUCUUACUCCACUGGCAGAGCAGAGCAUCGCAUUUUCUGUGCUUCAGUUGCUGUGUAAAUAUGAGGGAGAGUCAGAUACUCAGCAGUCAAAUUAAGGUGUGUUCUAAUGUCCUGUGAACUGGCAGGGAAUUGGGGCAUCCUUAUCAUUUCCAGUUUCCAGGUAACUUCCCCCUGUCCAUUAACAAGUCAUUUAAACCCAGCUGUUUUCUUUCUCCCUACCUCUUUAAUUUCAAGCCAGAAAGGUGCUGUUCUCUUCCAGGCCAGAAAAUUGCCUUUCAGCAGCUCAGAAGAGAGAACCUCCUAAGACUUCUUCACCCUGAGAAAUUCAUCCUGGCACAUUAUAUUACAUCAGGAGUUCUAAGGGCUUUUCUCCUGGGACUACAAAUCCUUGGUUGGCCAGGCCUAACUCUUCCAUUUUAGGAGAGCUCCAAGCACUCAUCCUACUCCACAAAUUUAAUGUAAAUUGGUGUGGUAAAAAUUCCACAGUGUUAACCUGCUUUGAAUUUAGAAAAGCAGAUGCACUUUGAAGGCUUCUUUACCUUUAAAAAUAUGGUUUCUCAGUGAGUGAGCUCUCCAGAUUUUUUUUUUAGCCCUGAAUAUUUUUUUCCUGUACUAGAUUUAUUUCAACAUACCUAUACAAGCACAUGUUCAGAUAUAUAACAAAGAGAGAGAGAGAUUUUAGCAAUUAAAAUUGUUUUAUACCUCAAAUGUCUGGAUUUGGUAAAAAUAAAAUGAAGCUUCAAAAGUAGCACAGAACAUCACAACCUCUUGAGUAUUCACUGCUUCCUUCCUCAGCUGGAGGUGGGCAGAUGCUCUUCCAAAGCCAGUGUUAUCUGGAAAUCCCUCCUUAGUGAAAGGCCAGUGGAAUGCAACCUGAGUUUUGGACUCAAAAAGGAGAUCAUAGCCAGGCCUGGUUCUUCAAAGGGAAAAAGGUGAGGAGCUGGCUGUGCAUGAGAGGAAUCGCUGACUCUGAUCAGGCUUUGAAACGCUGGGAAAAACUGAAAUCUUUGGAGAAAACCAGCGUGACAUACUCAAGCUAAUUUUCUUCAGAGGCCAUUUAAAUUCCUUCAGAACAUCCUUAAGACUCCUUGAUUUUUUGUGACCUUUUGGAUAGAAAACCAUACCCAGCCUUUAGAAGUUUAUCAAGAGUCUCUGAACAGCUGUGCUUAAAAAAUACAUGAGACAAACAAAAAUCUGUCUUUAGACUAAAGACUGUGCAGGUCUAGUACAAAACCUUUAGCAAACCUGAAAAGCUUUUCAAAAGCUUAUUUGUCACAGAGACAAAAGCAAAUACACUGUAACCAAGAACUGACUAGGGAAAAAAUAAGGCUAUUUAGAUCCCAUCUACUCUGUGGGCAUUAGGAACUACAGUCAUCUAAUAUUUUCUGUUGACUCCCACAAGAUGCAAAAAUCUUGCAAGCCAGUGGCAUCACCACAGCUGUUAAAAAAGACUGUUUUCUUAAAUUCCACUUGCAGCAUUCCUGCAAUUACUCGGACAAAAAAAUUGCUUUUAAGGAUGACAGGAGUGAGAUCACAUCUUAGGGCACAUCUGUGAACGGUGGGAUUCAAAGAAGAGCAAAUGCAAGGGAACAGCCUGGUGCUCUGGUGAAGUAACCUGUGAGCAGCGAGGUUAGAAUGGAAAGUAUCCCCUCUGAGAUACUGCUAAGCUGCAAUUAAAAGCUGCUCGUUAGGAUGAUCCUCAUUUGCUUUAGUAUUGGUCAAAGCAGAAUGUGCUUUAAAGCAAUAAAUACCAACCCUGACAAAUAUUAACCUUUAUUAUUAGUGGCUAGUGAUAAUAAAAGGUUUAUUUAUACACUGUGCCGUUGCCAUUUCCUGAAUUAAAGUUGAAAAUUACUUUUUACGAUUUAAUUGGUAAAUAGCAUUUGAAAAGGUUCAAACUGCACUGUUUAAAUAGGAGCAGCCUGCACAGUGUUUGCCUCUCUGGUCCCUUGGAAUUUGAACUCCUUAUCACUUCAUCUGUGUGAGAUCCUUAUCUCUCCAUCCCUAUUUGAGAGGGAAGGAGUCUUUUCCCACGGCUGUAAAAUGCCAUUUCUCUUGUCCUUGAAGAAAAUAACAUUGGAAUCCUUGAAGUCAAUGUUUAUUUUUUCCUUCAGUGGCUGAGGAAAAGAAGGAUUGCUGGUAGAAUUGCAACUCCUUUAAUAAGUUUACCAAGGCAUUCCAAAAAGAUUAACCCUUAAAAUUAACCAUAAAUGAAAAUGCUUUCCUAUUUUAUAAGGAAACACAGACUAGUUAAGGUCAAGUCACUGCAGAGACUUUGGUCACCUCCUGAACAGGUGGGAACUCUCCAGAUCCACAUUCCAGGUUAACUAAAGAAGCCAACUGCUUAGGCAAAAACUCAAACACCAUAUUUUCAAUGUUACCCCUAUUGUCUCUGAAGAUACAAAGUGGAAUAAAGAUCUGAUGCAGAAAGAAAAGGCAAGCAAAACAUCUGCACAAAAAACCAAAAGAUCGUUACACCAAAUAAAAAAAAAAAAUCCUAAGCAAAACUUUACUUAACACAGCAUUAAAGAUGACAUAUUCCAUUAUCUUUUCAUCAAAAUUACAUAUGUGUUUUUUCCUCUUUUUGUUGGUCUGGAAAUUCCAGGGUAGAGUUAAUGUGAUGCUUCAUUUUGAGGUCAAAGUCAGCCCCAUAAUAUGACACCCCCCCUUCUUUUUUUCUUUUUUGACAUUAACUGUUUCAAUAGUCUCUGUGUGGCAUUUCAGGAAUGAUAAAAAGAUUAUAAAUCUUCAUUUCAAAAUUAUCAACUGUAGAGAACACAGAAGCACAUGACAUAAUAUCCAACCCCAAACGAGGGAGCUGAAGUCGAAGGAUAUGAAAACAUUAUCUUAUUUAACCCUAUGUCAGAAUUGCAAUGAAAAAUAUUGUCAAAGUUCUUGUAAAAGAUGCAAAAAAAGAAAUAAAUACUUGCCUUUUCA